AUGUUACAUUCUAGUUUUUUUGUUACGUACGAGUGUACAAUUCAGAGUGAUCCAAGAGCAAUUCUGAACUCUGAAAACAAUGCGACAAUAAACGGAGGGAAUGGAUAUGUUUUUGACACAUAUUUAACAAAAUCUGUCAAAAAUGCGUGGCAAGUUGCGGAGAAAGCAAAACAGAAAGGUGUAUGGAUAAUUGGAACGGACGCUUCUUGGGAUCUUCGGAGGCAACCUGAAGAGUUUGAUCUUCAACAGAAUGACAUAACUGGGUUCACUUAUCGAGCAAAUAAAUCGGAUCUGAAAGACCAUGGAUGGUAUAAAAUAGAUGAGAAGAAACAGUUAGUUGGAAUGGAGUUUCAUGGAGAUCUCGCGGAAUCUGAUAACAAAAAGAAAGAUGAAAUCUCUGAGAAAGACGAUGACUUUCUGAUUCUUGGAUUCAUCUAUCUCCCACUAACAGUUGCCACGUCAUUCCUCUCUCUUUACUCUGAAUAUCCGGUAGCUGCUUCCACAUAUCUCGGUGUGGAUUCUAAUGUGACACCGUUGAAAUUGUCUCUCUUCUUCGAUUUUAUGUUAGCAACGUGUACAUCUCGUGACCAAUUCAUUAGGAACAAACUAGGAUUUCAUAUAAAAGUGUCUGAAAAUGAGAAGGAUAGAUCAAAUGCAAGGAAGCAAAUUUAUAGAAAACUGAGUGAAUACAAGGGGAGAGUUGAAAUACUUGACAUCACAAACUUCAAAUACAAAGAUUUCCCAGUCACUGAAAGAAACUACAAUCAACUUUCAACCCAUCUCUAUAAGUCUCUGCCCACAAACCCCGAUGUGGAACGAGUUCUUCGAAGUAUUCUCAGUUUGGAUUCUGAAUCUUUCAUUUCAAGAACUCUAUACUCUCUUCGAGACCAGAUUCAAACUGAGUCGUCAGAAAAAUUCCUUGAGAUGAUUUUCACUGCUUCUCUUGCUCUCUCACUGGCUUCUGAUGGUAAAGGUGGCUUGAGGAAUGGUCCAGCCAAGAAUCCAAAAUUUGAAAAGCUGAUGGAAGGGAAUGAAAAGAAAACUUAUUUACUGGAAAUCUUCGAUGAGAUAUUGAACAAUUGGAUUGAUGAUCCAAGUCGGAUGAUUCGGGCAGCAAGACAUUUAGAGACAGCUGCACAGAAGUGUAUUCACGAAAUGGUUGAUGAAUUGUGUGAUACGAGAACUCCAAUAUUAUUAAAAUCGGAUGACCCCAGUCAAUCCUCUGCUACCGUGACGGCUCCAGUGCGAAUCGAUUUCUUCGGUGGCUGGCUUGAUACUCCGCCAAUAUUCUUUGGUAUGGAGAAUGCUGCAGUUGUCAAUAUGGCUAUCCAGUUGGAUGGAAAGAACCCCAUCAGUUGCCAUGUCGUCAAAACCAAUUCUCCGAACAUCCAACUCUGUCAAGACGGAACUUCAAUCUACAUUCAAACCGACGAAGAACUCCUCUACAUGCACAACAAACCAUCUGAAACUGGAGCACUCGUGUGUGCUUGUAUCGUGUCUCUUGGUUUCCGUUCGCUCUCUUCGCUAUUCCAAACUCUGCAAUGUAUCGGAUUGAGGAUAGAAACUAGAUCUGAUCUACCUCAUGGCUCUGGUCUGGGAACAUCUUCCAUCAUGGCGUGUACUAUUCUGAAAGCGAUUUGUGCACUUGGAAAAGUAUCCGAGGAGAAUUUCGGGAUUGAAGAUCAAAUUGUGCAUACGGUACUCCGAGUCGAGCAGAUUAUGACUACUGGUGGAGGGUGGCAAGAUCAAUUUGGAGCAAUGUACGGUGGACUCAAAAAGUGUUACUAUCAGAAAGGAAAUGGAAUACGGUACACGCCGAUUCCACUGUCACCUAGAGUCAUAGAACUUCUGGAAACCCGUCUCCUUCUUGUCUAUACUGGGAAGACCCGUCUGGCUAAAAAUCUCCUGCAAGAAGUAAUUCGAAACUUUUUCACUUGUAUCGAAACGAAACGGAGGUUAGGGGAAAUGACGGAAGCAGUGGAAGAGUUUUCCAGUAGGAUUGAAACAGGAGGUGUUGCAGUUGAGUUGUUGGAGCAAUAUGAUAAAACAAAGAAUUUCAUGACAAGAUGUGAGCCGCCGAUAGUGGCGAGUAUGUUGGAACAGUUGAAAGAACAAAAUCUGAUUGAAGUGGGCUGGGCUGCUGGUGCAGGUGGCGGUGGUUUCGUAUACCUCUGGCUAACGGACAACACCCCGGCAUCCUCUGUCAAGAAGUUUCUGGAAUCCUCACCCCGUUUUUCUGCAAUGACGUGUCACCAAAUCACAAUUGCACUGGUACACCCUGUCACCUUACAACUGAAUUGA